AUGCGUCCGUCCAAUUCGCCUCCGAGCACCCUCGUGGACGCCGCCACGUGCGUAUGGAACCAGUACUACCCCGACGACCACAACAUCGCCGCCGUGACCUUCCUCAACUGUUUCCGACACGGCGAACAAUGGGCUCCGUUGCUCCAAUGUGACUUGACGCAGGCGAACGCGACGGUGGUGCGGCUGCACUAUCAGGAGCUCAUCGGACUGGAACAAAGGACUUUGAGCGAGCAAUGA